AUGACGGUGGCGCGCGGCGAGGGCUCUCCGGAGCGGCUGGGCGGCGCGCUGCGCAGGCUACACUACAGGGCCACGCGGCGAGCGCACUCCGCCGCCGCCGCCGCCGCAAGGCACCACGCCAACACACCCUCCAAGGUGGUGAUGAUGGGCAGCAGCACGACCUCCGACAAGACCAUCAACACCAGCACAGACUCCGCCGCGACCGCACUCACUUCGGUCACCGGCACCGACGACUCCAUGGACGCCGAGCCCGACCCACCCGAUGCACCACACCAGCUCAGUCUCAUCGACGCUGACCCUCCCAGUCUGCCACAACCCAAUCCCCCCAGCACCGCCCCGCCCCACUACCACCGCCCGCAGGACAGCUGCGACAUUGACUCUCCAGCGUACACCAAGCCGCAAUCCGCAACGGACGUUAUAGAAUCCCCCAGACCGGGGCCUGCUCGAUUCGUCUUCGAUGUACCACUCCCUGAACCUAGACCAGAAACAAAACCCAGAAAUAAAAUCCAGGUCAGCCAAACGAGUGGUCCGUCCACUUCUAUACAAAUUCCCUUCGAUCCUAAACUAGAACCACCUAAAAGUCCGAAAGCGAGUCAAACUAAAUACGAAACGCAUUUUAAAUUCGAGCCGGAGGUGACCAAGAGGCGAGGAAGCGAGCCGCGGGUCAAGAAUAAACAAAAAUUAGAUAAACAGGAUUACUAUAAAGACGAGGUGGCGAAGUUGAGAAGACAACUCGAAGGCACUGAAGUUUUCACGACCAAUAGGAGAAGAUCAUCGGCACAUCAGCAUUCCGUUCCACCGCCAUCCUCCAGAAGACAAUCUACAGCGGCGCAAGUCCACGUGACGGCAAAUCCUUUGGAUUCCGCCACCACCACUAUCCCAGCGGGGCGCACCACCAUUGUGGUACAACAGCCCUCGCUGUCUCUGGACUAUGGAGGCUGCUCCACCAUCCUCGUGCGCGAUGGAGAAGAUGGUGGAAGACGCAAGAGCAGAGUGUGCAGUGACCACAUACAACAGCUCCUCGAUGUCACCAGUCAGUUCACGUCAGAAGAUCUACACGAGUUUGAUAAAAGAUACGGCAGCCCGCACCACUCGCGUUCGCAGUCGGUGAAAGCGGCACGGUCGCGCACAGGCGAGCGGCAACUGUUGGGUCUGCCGCAACAGCGAGCCCGGGUCGCCUCCAUGCCCAACACCGGCGUCGAGGAAGAGUACUAUAGGCUAAGACAUUUCAGUAUUACAGGUAAAGGUGUAGUAAACCGUGGCGAUUCCUUGCGCUCUCGGCGGUCGCGGUCUAACACAUCUGUGGCGUCCAGCGCCUCCAGCACUGAGGCGGCGACCAGAGCGUCGGCGCCAUGUUCUUUGGCGUCUUCCAGGGAUUCCUCGGCUGGCCUGAGUGCGUACAGAGUGCUCGUGCUGGGUGCGCCCGGCGUCGGCAAGUCCAGUCUCAUUGGACAGUUCAUGACCUCGGAAUAUCUACACGCUUAUGACACUAGCAUCGAUGACGAGUCCGGCGAGAGAUCAGUAUGCGUGCUGCUGGCCGGAGAGGAGUCGGAGAUCACCUUCCUCGACUCACCACCAGAACACGUUAUUUCUGAGGGUUGCGCGCACGGAUACUGCGUGGUGUACUCGACGGCGGACCGCGGCAGCUUCGCGGAGGCGGAGCGGCGGUUGCAGGCGCUGUGGGCUGCUGGACACACAGCGCGCCGUGCGGUCAUUCUCGUCGCCAACAAGGCCGACCUCGCGCGCUCGCGCCUCGUGCCCACCGACGAAGGUAAAUCACUGGCGACGUCGUACGAGUGCAAGUUCAUAGAGACGUCGGUUGGUAUCAACCAUAACGUGGAUGAACUGCUAGUGGGCCUUCUCACGCAGAUUAGACUCAAGCAGCAACACGCCGAUAGAGUCAGGAAGCGCAGUAGUCCUCGAAAGCCACGCGGGCGUGCGCGCUCCCCCGCAGAAGGAGAGCCGCCCUCCGCCGCCUCCACGCCCAGGAAAAGGACACGACUCUCCGCCAGUGUUAAGGUGCGAGGUCUACUGGGACGCGUGUGGGCGCGUGACUCCAAAUCCAAGUCGUGCGAAAACCUGCAUGUUCUCUAGCAUACCGAGCCCGUCGCCUGCUUCUCCUUCUUUGAUUGCGGAGCCCAAUACCCGUGAAAAUCUCCACCAUGAAUCUCAUGGACCUUGUGCACAUCAUAGAGCUCAUGGAACUCAUGGACUACUAGGGGACUUGA